AUGGCCUCCACCGCCUCACCCUCACCGCCACCCCCCGUGCGCAUCCUAAUCAUCAACCCCAACACUUCACAGCAGAUGACAUCCUCGCUCAUCCCGGCCGUCGAAUCGCUCGGAUUCCCCUCUGUGCAAUACACAUUCUUCACCUCCCCGUCCCCCGGGGGCAUCCCCAGCAUAAACUCGCCCGCCGACGCCGCAGAGUCGGCGCGGAUCUGUCUCCCGCAUUUGCUGCCGUUGCUGCCGCACCACGAUUGUUUCUUGGUCGCGUGCUACAGCCAGCAUCCGCUGGUGGGGAUGCUGAAGAAAGAAUGUGCGAGUCUCACGGCCGCGGCGACGGGGGGGGAAGGGGGGAGUGGGGUCAGGAAGUAUGUGACGGGGAUUUUUGAGGCGAGUGUUUUGGCGAGUCUUGCCCUGAUGGGCGGGGGUGGUCAAGCGGACGAGAAGAAGGAGGAGGUGGUGGAGGUGGUGGAGGAAGAGUCAAGACCUGCUGCCUUCGGGAUCGUCUCGACCGGCAAAAUCUGGGAGGAGGCCCUGCAGACGGCCGUUGAGGAGUUUAUUGGCUGUCCUCCCACGACCACCACCACCACAAAGUCGCCGUUCGUCGGCUGCGAAACAACGGGUCUCAAUGCGAGCGAACUGCACGACCUGCCCGCCGAGCAGGUGCGGAGGAAAAUGAUGGAGGCGACUACGCGGCUUCUCCGGCGCGGACAGACCAAUUCAGGCUCGAGUUCAAGCUCAGGGUCAGUCUCAGGUUCAGGAAAACCCUCGCGCGUCCAGGCCAUUUGUCUCGGCUGCGCGGGCAUGGUUGGCCUGGACACGGCGGUGCGGGAGGCGUGCGUCGAGACCCUGGGCCCUGAGCGAGCCAGGGACGUCUACAUUGUCGACGGGGUCAAGGCUGGUGUCGGGACGUUGUACGGCCUUGCAAGGGGUGGUUUCUGA